AAGGAGUAAGAAUGCGGUGCUAGAUCGUGGCUGGAUAAAGUUUUAGUUUUAUCUGCGGCACGGAGGGUGAUAUGGCUAAACACGUUAACAUGGAGAGAGUCUUAUAUAAUCAGCUCCCUCAGCAAACGGCAAAGCUUGUGAAUAUCCAGCCUCAAAGGCCAAAGGAGGCCGACGCGUUUGUGAAAGCGUUCCUGAAGCGCAGCCUGACCCGGAAGAGCGACAUCGAAGAUAUCUUAACCCGGAAAGCUGUUGUUCUGGAGCACCUUCAUAAGAGGAGGAGGCGGGAAAGAAAGACGAGAGGGAAAGGGUUCUCCGCUAAGCAGAGGAGGGAGAGGCGGCUCUUUGAUAUUAAACCAGAACACCAGAGGUACGAGAUGUUUUUACCUUUGCACGAAUUGUGGAAGCAGUAUAUCCGGGACCUUUGCAACGGACUCAAGCCAGAAGCACGGCCACAGAUGAUUCAAGCCAAACUGCUAAAAGCUGAUCUGCACGGUGCCCUUGUUACAGUCAUUCCCAAGCUUAACAAUGUCUUCAGCAUGGAGAUCGAUGGCUUCGUAUCCUAUAUCUUUGGCAGCAAGAUCCAGUUCAAAGCCAGUGAACGUUCUGCAAAGAAGUUUAAAAGCAAAGGGACUAUUGAUCUGUAAAUAGUUUUAAAAUGCAGAGACCUGGUUACUACUCAUGGGCGAUGGGAAGUGUUGAUCAUGGCACAUAAACUAAAACUGGCCAUAAACCCCCAAAAUAUCUUUGCCAUGUUACAUGAAAUAUGAAUACAACUUGUUCCUGACAUUCAUGAAUGUGUCUGUGUU